AUGGUGGAAGUGCUUGAUGACUACCAAGAGGAACAAGGUGUUUCUGUUACUCCUCUUAUAAAGGUUGCUGGAUACAGGACAGUAUUUCAUCCGGAUCUGGACCCUGAUAAAGCAAGGAGAAUUCCAAAAGAAGAAAUGUUCCGAUUCUCACAUCAGGUCCAAAGUCAAGAAGCUGAAAAUGCUCCAAAGGGUUUCCAGGAGCUGGACCCAGCAGCUACACCUUUGGAACUUCUACAGGUAAAAUUGGAAACUAAUGAGUUGACAGCAAAGCAGAAUGGUGGAAAGGUUGAGGACGAAGAAAUUAAGGUUGGUGGGAUAUUUGGUGCUGCUGCGUUGCCAAAGGAGGAAGACAUAGCCGACAAUGGUGAACAAAGCAAGGAGGUGGACACCACAGGCUUUCCAAAAUAG